GUCUUUACAUUUCAGUACUUGUUAAAAAAGUCUAUCAAAAAAUUACUACUCUCUUUCUCUGCUUUAGUAACAGUGCCUUCCAAAGACUAGGUGCAAGAUUAAUGUUUGCAGUCAGUAAGCAUUUGUCCUGUUUCAGUGUUUUAGAAUCAUAAUACUGGGUGUCUGGGUUCCCUCUGUAUUGAUAGUGUAGACAGGUAUAAGGUUGGUACAAGGCAUUGCCUUAGAGUUUUCUUUGUGGGAAAUAAGGGAAUUAAAGGAAUUGGAUGACAGCAAAAUAAACAUUUAUUUUAAAUAAACAUGUGAUAAAUUACCAUGUUACUGAUAUCUGCCUUCAUAGUAUAUUAGAUGGAUUAGAUAUAGAGUCUCCCUUAGAUACUACUGUAUCUUCCGUUUUCCAUUUAGAUGUCCAAAAGAGCCAGAAGAUUAAACCUAAUCCAUAAGAAAUUAUAAUUUAUCAUUUUUUACCUGUCCCCUCAGAUAUUUUAAAGAAAAAAAUAGUACUAGCCGGAGUCCAUUUCUACAAUGAUGCAGGGCAAGAAGCUUGUCCAUUACUACUCAUUUAUUAAUAAUGUAUGAAAGUUAAAGGAGCCCAUACCUUUAGAAUGUUGAUGCCAUGGAUGACUUAACCUUUCAUUAGUUAGGGUUAAGAUGGGUACAUAUCAGUUAUUCAACAAAUGAGUAUUACAGUGAUGUUUAACAAUUACAGUGUGUGUCCACUGAUUACCAGUGUCAGAAUCACUUAGUUUAUUAAAAUGCAGAUUUCUAGACUUCAUCCUUCUCCUAUUGAAUCCAGAUAUCAGGAGGGAGCUCACAAAACUGCAUUUCAAAUAAACCCCGCGUGUGAUUCUGGUGCAAACUAAAGGUUGAGAAUCACUGAUUUAUUAUCUUCUGAGUUCAUUAUGCUUAUUCCACUCUAAUUCUUUUGCCCAGGACUCUUGAAAUUUAAGAUCUAGUCUGUGCCCUUAUUAUAAAUGUUAAAGUGGAGGUCAGUAUAAACUGUGAAGGGCCAUAAUUUUUUUAAUCUAUUUGUUGGCUAAUCUGGACUCCCAUAAUGCUAGCAUGGCAAAAGAUUUAACAAAUGUUAUUGUUAAGAGUUUUCACAGAGAUGCAAGAGUCUUACCCAGAGCAAAAGAUUCAGAAAGGAUCCUUUCUUAAGAUCCAAUUUUGUUUUGUUUUCUUUAUCACUGUUUUUUACUUUCUUUUAAGGUGCUGCUGUAUAAACUGUCGUGGUCCCUUGACAUUGGCAACUGUCUAUUCAGACAUCACACUUGGGACAUAGGAACCUUCCCACACUGGAGCCCAGUGCCAUGGGUCCAGGUUCCCUGGUGCACUACAUAUAGUUUCCAGCAAAGGCUGUGCUUCUGCUGCAGGUGCUCCUAGGGAGCUGGAUAUAUUACAGGACAAACCUAAAAUUUAUAAGAUUUAUUAUUAAUAUCAUUAGCUAUUAUGGUUCUGAAAUUUUGUGUUUUCCAGGACAUCAGAAUGGCAACAUACACACAAUUUAUGUAAUCCAGGGUAUCCAUAAGCAUUACCUUUUCCUAGCCUGAAAGAGUGUCCCUCUCUCUAAUGUUCUCUCUCACUAAGCGAGGCAAUCCCUGCUCUCCUCCUUCUCCAGGAAACUCAGCAAACUCUCCAAAAUGAUCUCAGGCUUUCAUGAGACAGUUGUUAACAAGUGCUCUUGUUUCCUUCUAGCUCUGAAAAAGCUAGAGCAAGAAUACAAAGCUUGUCUACCUUUGGGGAAAACUGUAAGAACAACAAAAAUUCAGUAUCUCAGACAUCAGAAUGGCAACAUACACACAUGGUCAGCCCAGUCUUUCUCUGGAAGAUGGAAAACUCAGAAGACCAAUGAUCAUCGAAAUCAUAGAAAAAAAAAUUGAAUAUCUUAGAAAAGAAAAGACUUUAAAUAUAUAUGGCACAGCGUUCCUUGGAACAGCAGCUAGUUUCUCUGGAAUAAUGGCCAACUUCAUUUUCAGACAUUGCUUCAAGGUUAAACAUGAUGCUUUGAAGACGUAUGCAUCACUGACUACACUUCCGUUUUUGUCUACUGUAGUCACUUAUAAGCUCCUUGUAACGGAUGCUUUGUAUUUGGGCAAUAUAAGCCAGGAAAAUUGUGUUCUGAGAAGUUCACUGAUUAGCAUAAUAUGUGGUGUUUUAUAUCCCUGUGGUUUGGCUUUCUCUAAAAAUGGACGCCUUGCAGUCAAGUAUCAUACUGUUCCAUUGCCACCAAAAGGAAGGGUUUUACUUUACUGGCUGCUGCUUUGUCAGACAGAGAUAAAAGCCAUGAUGAUUCCUCUAGUCUUAGAGACGGCCUUUGGAAUAUUUAAUGGUCUACAGCAUUAUGCAAGAUUUGAAAGUAGACGAGAAAACUGUACAUGAAGAUUAAUCAAAGAGUGAAUGGAUACUAAAUCAGCAUAAUGGGGUUUUUUUAUGAUGAGGACUCAGGCAUUGCUGAAGCAGUUAAAAGUAACUCUGGACAAUUUGUUUCUGUUCCUUUGCCUGGUAUACAGUGUACUCAAUAAAUAUUCAGUA